AUGUCUACUUCCAAGGUUAAGAGCGGCGAGCUCUGGAACAAGAGCAAGGACGAGCUGGUCAAGACUCUGUCUGACCUCAAGACCGAGCUCGGCCAGCUCCGCAUCCAGAAGAUCACCUCCUCCGGCAGCAAGCUGAACAGAAUCCACGACCUUCGCAAGUCCAUCGCCCGCACCUUGACUGUCAUCAACCUCAAGCAGCGGUCUCAGCUCCGCCUGUUCUACAAGAACAAGAAGUACCUGCCUCUCGACCUCCGCCCCAAGCAGACCCGCGCCAUCCGCCGCCGUCUGUCGCCCGCCGAGCAGGCCAAGACCCUGGAGAAGACAAAGAAGCGCAGCACGCACUUCCCUCAAAGGAAGUACGCUGUCAAGGCCAACUAA